CUUUCCCACAGGCGGAACCUUAAUGGCUGGAUCCCUGGUUUCUGCGGGUUUCGUAAUCGGCGCGCACCCAUCGCUACCUGGCUUCCGGGCAGGCUCCAGUUGUUUGCUGGGCCUUAGAGGGCUCGGCCUCAGCUGGAUCCUUGAAGAGGAACGCGACUUUGGCGCGCUGCAGUUUCCUGCGGGCAUCUUUAGCCCUCUGGCCCUCUGCCCCUCUAUUCCCGGAGUUCCGGCCGGUCCGGGCCGCGCGGUUGACGUCCGAGGAAGGAGGGGGCGAUGGUCCAGAUGGAGACGCAACUGCAAAGCAUUUUUGAGGAGGUGGUGAAAACAGAAAUUAUAGAAGAGGCUUUCCCUGGCAUGUUUAUGGACAACCCUGAAGAUGAAAAAACAAAACUAAUUAGCUGUUUGGGAGCCUUCCGACAGUUUUGGGGUGGUCUUUCUCAGGAAUCUCAUGAACAGUGCAUCCAGUGGAUUGUUAAAUUCAUUCAUGGCCAGCAUAGUCCUAAAAGAAUUUCUUUUCUUUAUGACUGCUUAGCAAUGGCAGUUGAGACUGGUCUUCUUCCACCCAGGAUGGUUUGUGAAUCCCUGAUAAACUCUGACACUCUUGAAUGGGAAAGAACACAGCUUUGGGCAUUAACAUUUAAACUGGUUCGGAAAAUAAUUGGAGGAGUAGAUUACAAGGGUGUUCGAGAUCUUUUAAAAGUGAUUUUGGAGAAAAUCUUAACAAUUCCCAAUACAGUGAGCUCCGCUGUUGUACAGCAGCUCCUAGCAGCAAGAGAGGUUAUUGCAUAUAUCUUGGAAAGAAAUGCUUGCUUACUACCAGCAUAUUUUGCAGUUACAGAGAUCAGGAAACUAUAUCCUGAGGGAAAACUUCCACACUGGUUACUUGGAAACCUGGUAUCAGACUUUGUGGAUACUUUCAGGCCUACAGCAAGGAUAAAUUCCAUUUGUGGCCGCUGCAGCCUUCUGCCAGUUGUAAAUAACUCGGGUGCCAUUUGUAACUCAUGGAAAUUGGACCCUGCAACUCUCCGUUUUCCUUUGAAAGGCCUAUUGCCAUAUGAUAAGGAUCUGUUUGAACCACAGACUGCUUUGUUGAGAUAUGUUUUGGAGCAGCCUUAUUCCAGGGAUAUGGUCUGCAAUAUGCUAGGUUUAAAUAAGCAGCACAAGCAGCGCUGCCCAGUGCUGGAGGACCAGUUGGUGGAUCUGGUAGUUUAUGCCAUGGAGCGAUCUGAGACGGAGGAGAAGUUUGAUGAUGGGGGAACAAGCCAACUCCUGUGGCAGCAUCUCUCAAGUCAGCUCAUUUUCUUUGUGCUUUUCCAGUUUGCAAGUUUUCCUCAUAUGGUCCUUUCUCUUCAUCAGAAGUUAGCAGGGCGAGGACUGAUUAAAGGCAGAGAUCACCUGAUGUGGGUUCUCUUACAAUUCAUUUCUGGAAGUAUUCAGAAAAAUGCGCUAGCUGAUUUUCUCCCUGUCAUGAAGCUCUUUGAUCUUCUGUACCCAGAAAAAGAAUUUAUCCCAGUUCCUGACAUUAACAAACCUCAGUCAACUCAUGCCUUUGCAAUGACCUGCAUUUGGAUUCACCUCAACAGAAAAGCCCAAAAUGACAACUCCAAGCUACAGAUUCCAAUACCUCAUUCCCUAAAACUUCACCAUGAGUUCCUGCAGCAAAGUCUUAGAAAUAAGAGUUUACAGAUGAAUGACUAUAAGAUCGCCCUACUGUGUAAUGCAUAUUCUACGAAUUCAGAAUGUUUUACAUUACCCAUGGGAGCUCUGGUAGAAACUAUUUAUGGAAAUGGAAUUAUGAGGAUACCGCUUCCUGGAACGAGCUGUUUGGCUUCAGGAUCUAUUACUCCCUUACCAAUGAACCUCCUGGAUUCACUGACAGUUCAUGCCAAGAUGAGCCUUAUCCACAGCAUUGCUACCAGAGUGAUAAAACUUGCUCAUGCAAAGUCCAGUGUGGCCUUGGCUCCAGCCCUAGUGGAAACUUACAGCCGUUUAUUGGUCUACAUGGAAAUAGAGUCUUUGGGCAUCAAAGGAUUUAUCAGUCAGCUUCUGCCAACUGUUUUCAAGUCUCAUGCCUGGGGGAUCUUGCACACACUUCUUGAGAUGUUCAGCUAUCGGAUGCACCACAUUCAGCCUCAUUACAGAGUUCAGCUCCUGAGUCAUCUUCAUACCUUGGCUGCAGUUGCACAAACAAACCAGAACCAGCUCCAUCUCUGUGUUGAGAGCACUGCACUCAGGCUUAUAACAGCAUUAGGUAGCUCGGAGGUACAGCCUCAGUUUACACGCUUCCUUAGUGAUCCCAAAACUGUGCUCUCAGCGGAAUCCGAAGAACUGAACCGCGCCUUGAUAUUGACCUUAGCUAGAGCAACUCACGUAACAGAUUUUUUUACAGGCUCUGAUUCAAUUCAGGGAACUUGGUGUAAAGACAUACUUCAGACCAUCAUGAGUUUUACACCUCAUAAUUGGGCUUCCCACACUCUUAGUUGUUUUCCAGGCCCACUACAGGCAUUUUUUAAACAAAAUAAUGUACCUCAGGAAAGCCGUUUUAAUCUGAAAAAAAACGUGGAGGAGGAGUAUAGGAAGUGGAAGUCAAUGACCAAUGAAAAUGACAUCAUUACCCACUUUUCUGCACAACGCUCUCCUCCUCUCUUCCUUUGUCUCCUCUGGAAAAUGCUCCUGGAAACAGAUCAUAUUAAUCAGAUUGGCUAUCGAGUAUUAGAGAGAAUUGGAGCCAGGGCCUUGGUAGUCCACGUGAGAACAUUUGCAGAUUUCCUCGUAUAUGAAUUUUCUACAUCAGCUGGGGGUCAGCAACUCAACAAGUGCAUUGAAAUUCUUAAUGACAUGGUAUGGAAGUACAACAUUGUUACACUGGACAGAUUAAUUCUCUGCCUGGCCAUGCGUAGUCAUGAAGGGAAUGAAGCCCAGGUUUGUUAUUUCAUAAUUCAGUUGCUGUUGCUCAAACCAAAUGAUUUUAGAAAUCGAGUAAGUGACUUUGUGAAGGAAAAUUCCCCAGAGCACUGGCUACAGAAUGACUGGCACACCAAGCACAUGAAUUAUCACAAGAAAUAUCCGGAGAAGCUCUAUUUUGAGGGCCUGGCAGAGCAGGUUGAUCCUCCUGUGCCGAUCCAGUCUCCCUACCUGCCCAUCUAUUUUGGAAAUGUGUGUCUCCGCUUCCUUCCAGUAUUUGAUAUAGUAAUCCACAGAUUUUUAGAAUUGCUCCCAGUAUCCAAAUCAUUGGAGACUCUACUAGAUCACCUGGGAGGCUUGUAUAAAUUUCAUGAUCGUCCAGUAACUUAUUUGUAUAAUACUCUGCACUAUUAUGAAAUGCACCUGAGAAAUCGUGAAAGUCUCAAACGAAAACUUGUCCAUGCAAUCAUUGGGUCGCUCAAGGAUAACCGACCACAGGGCUGGUGUCUAAGUGACACUUACCUGAAAUGUGCUAUGAACGCACGAGAAGACAAUCCCUGGGUCCCCGAUGACUCCUACUAUUGCAAAUUGAUUGGCAGACUAGUAGAUACCAUGGCUGGCAAGUCUCCUGGUCCAUUCCCAAACUGUGACUGGAGAUUCAAUGAGUUUCCCAACCCCGCUGCCCACGCGCUGCAUGUUACUUGUGUGGAGCUCAUGGCCUUGGCUGUUUCUGGCCAAGAUGUUGGAAAUGCUCUUCUAAAUGUUGUCUUGAAAAGUCAGCCUCUAGUGCCACGAGAGAACAUCACAGCAUGGAUGAAUGCAAUUGGAUUGAUCAUCACUGCCCUACCAGAGCCAUAUUGGAUUGUCCUUCAUGAUCGAAUUGUGAGUGUUAUCAGCAGCCCCAGCUUGACCUCUGAGACAGAGUGGGUCGGCUAUCCAUUCCGCCUCUUUGAUUUCACUGCUUGUCAUCAGUCUUACUCUGAGAUGAGCUGUAGCUACACGUUAGCUCUGGCACAUGCUGUGUGGCACCAUUCCAGCAUUGGGCAACUUUCUCUCAUUCCCAAAUUUCUCACUGAAGUACUUCUUCCUAUAGUGAAAACUGAGUUCCAGUUGCUUUAUGUGUACCAUCUUGUGGGACCAUUUUUACAAAGAUUUCAGCAAGAGAGAACUCGAUGUAUGAUAGAGAUUGGUGUGGCCUUUUAUGACAUGUUGCUGAAUGUAGACCAGUGUAGCACCCACUUAAACUACAUGGAUCCUAUCUGUGACUUCCUGUAUCACAUGAAGUAUAUGUUCACUGGCGACAGUGUGAAAGAGCAAGUAGAGAAGAUUAUCUGUAAUUUAAAACCAGCUUUAAAACUUCGUCUUCGAUUCAUCACUCACAUCAGCAAGAUGGAGCCAGCUGCAGUGCCUCCACAAGCCAUCAGUAGUGGGUCUCCAGCACCGCAGUCCAGUCAGGGGCCAGUGUCUCUACCUGUGACUCAGUGAAGUCAGAGUGUGCUGCAGUGAAGUGGAAAGGCGUCCGUCUUUGAAAAUGGACUCGAAUUAUUAAAUCUGAACAUGGUCAUGCUGCAUAGUGAGUAGUCAAAGCAGUGACGUUCAGAUUGUUUUAUUUUGAUUCAAAUGGUGAAUCUAUUGACUCCAACUCCCUUCCCCCUAUAUAUGUUGUCUCUAAGAGAUCAAGUAAGCUACACGCUGUUCAUACCUAUAACAGUGCAUUAGAGCUACCUGGGAACAGGGAAGUACCUACCAAGUGACUUGUACAAGGCACUCUCAAUCUUUCCUAUUUUGGCCAUUGUUUUUGUUUUGUUUUGUUUUUUAGUAUUAAUGACUUAUUCAGUCUUUAAAUACAUUUUUUAAAGUCACCACACAUAUAAAAUAGUUAUUACAAAUCCUUUUAUACAUACAUCUCUUUUGGGAUAUCGUUGGGAUAAGAGAUUAUUGUCAAGUAAAAGACUCUAGAAUUCAUUGCAUUACUGGAGCAAGAAUACUUUCAUACUCUUUUUAAAAUGGCUUAUUUUUUUUUUUUUUUAUCAUAGAUACCCAAGUAAAUAAGCUAGUUUUUCUAUCACAGUAUAUUGGCAAGUUUUUGCCUUUGCUGUGGACUUGAACUUACUGUAUGAAAUGAGUUGAAAGCCAUGUAAGAAAACAAAGCUAGAAUGCAUAAACUUAAUGAAAUGAUGCUUAAGUGAUGAUUAUUCAAUCUCUGCUUUUAAAAAUUAAUUGCUUUUCGAGAUUGCCAUUCUUAUCUGGCAGAUGAUGUGAUUCUUUGAAUUUUUAUAAUCUUAAAAUUUUUAAGUAUUUAUAUUUUUAAAUAUCAUGUACAUUUUGGUUCUUUAGAAUUUAUUAGAUUUUGAGAGACUGUUAAUUGGGGGGAGGAAUGACAUUAAAAUUGUAAAAGAUUUGAAAAAUAAUUUGUAAAACCUGUUGAAUGAAUAAACUGAUUAAUUACC